AUCCACAAUCAAAGAGCUCUCAUCCUUACAAGCAGCUUCAGACGUACAGAGUCUUACUCUCCUAAUUCAUGUUUAUAAUUCAAAGAUAACGAGAGAUCCUUGUGUCAUAAUUAAACGGCGUUGCCUCGAAUUAUUGCGCGUUGUUGAUUACCCAUGGACAGCAACCAUACAACAGCUCCCCAGAGCUCUACACUGGAAAUCUACAAGGAUGCAUUCGCUCCCCAACCGCGCCCAAGAACAAGAGCUUGGGAACGUUCCUCCGUCGAAGCUCGUGCCCCGCGACUUCAAGGCCAGAAGAUAUGGAAGAAGGCAGCCCAUAAAGCUCCUCAUGACGACAAGGAGAACUUCGAAGCUGCCUUGGUAGAGCUGGAGAAGGGAGGAGCAGGAAUGAGGAAGAAGCAACGAAUCAUGGGCGCUAAGGAGAACAUCAACGAUGCACAGUGGCAGUUGAUUCAGGAAGGAGCCAACGUCAAGGUCCUGCUGUCACCUAAGAAGAACGGACGACAAUCUCUUGCAGCAGGCAAUGCAGACGCCCUGCUUGUUCCUAGGAAGAGAACGAAUGCGAACCAUCUCAUCACUCCUCGAAAGCCUCUACGAAAGGUACCAAAUGGAAUUCAUCCAAGUACAGCUCCACUAGAACUUCCUGCCGAGCCAGCAAUCAUCAUUUCUCUUAGCCUCGAGACUGGCACGAAACCAUCGGAGACGAACCACUUGAACAACGAGAUUGUAGACGAUGCGAGUAGACUUCCUUCCCCUAGGACGGACAAUAGAACAGCGGACACAGAGCAUAGAACACCCGAGAAACCUGAGCGCCGCAGGAAGUCCUUACGCAAAAGUACACGGAGAAUCACACAGAACGAAAUAUCAGAAGCCAUGCCUUCGGUACCAAUGAACGACAACUCAUCCAAUUCACUGUCGGUUGUAGUCUGGUCAGCUCCAGCUUUCAAAACCUUUCGAGCUACUGAAAGUAUUUCUAAAAUACCAAAUCUGUCAAUGGAGGAAUCUAUUUCGAGUCCUGCAGAGGAACUGGUUGCACAGGCUCGAGUUAUUGAACUCGACCAGCACAUUUCUGAUGAGCGCAAAGUGUUGUCUCCUACUAUUGUGCACAAAUCUUUGGAUGGAAGCCUCGAGCUUGACAAUGAUAAUGCUAGUGGGAACGAGCAUUCUGAGGAGCCGAUAGAUUCCCCACGACACCACCCGAUCCUCAAGGAAUCGUCUCCGGCACUCUCGCAAGAUUCCAACCUCAACAACUCGACAAGUUCUGCUAAAGAAAACACAAUUCUAACAACAAGCGCUGCCGACCUUGAAUCAGUUACACUCGAGUCUAUGGAAAAUAUAGCCUACAACUCUACUCGCGCAAUUACCCCAAGAUCCAACAAGAAGACCCCACAGCGGGGCUCACGGCGAAGUACACGGGUAUCCCCCAUCAAGUCAACGACGUCUUCUUCACAGAGCGCGGAAAUGCAAGCUAUUGUUGAGGCAAGAUCUCUACAACAGACAGCUUCGUCUUCAGCGUCACACGAACUUGAUUGCCUUAUCACGGAGCCCGAGAAUCUCACCAUCUCGCAAUCUUCUGACUCUAUCCCAACUGAACUUCCUGAUCUCCAGAUCGCGCGGGAUCUUAUUGCCGCUUACGGCAAUGAAGACUCUAUUUACGGUGGUUGCGACCCCACGGAAGAAGAAAAUACUUGCGACAGUGGAGUAGCAGAUUCGCUACCUACGAGUUUAGAAGAGACCAGUCAGACGGAGAGUGACGACUCUAUGGAGGAAGGAGAUGUAGGAAAUAGCAACAACCUAGACUCCUGCUUUGAAAAUCCAGCAAAUGAGACCAUCGAGGAAGUGGAACAGAUGCCGCCGACAUCCGUUAUCCAGGAGUCUCAUUCCCAUUCACAAGAGAUUGAGUUUGAACAUUCAAACCCCAAUGAUGAGAUGGAUGUUGACUCCACACUGAUGGAUAUGGUCAUAGAGGAUAGUGAGUUGGCAUCACCUGAUGUCGCACAACUUGCCACGAACAUGAACCAGCCUCUUGAUUUAUUCCCUUCCGUUGGGAAAAUCAACACUGAGUCCAGUGCGUCCGAGCUUGUACGAGAGGAACUAGUCGACGAGACUGUUGAAGAACAUGAAGUCCUUGAACUUAUCUCGUUGACCACAGCAGAAGAUAGAAAAUCUCUUGAGCAAGAAGAUUCCACUGAAGACGUUGAUGCGACGAUUUCGACUGCUUCAACAUUGGCGCUUCUUGAAAAGAACCCUUCGGAUAGCGAACCACGACCACUCGUUGACCACGAUGACACAGACCUUUUAAGAGACUUUGUUACUCGAGUCAAGGCGAACAAAGCAGCAAAAGCCGCCACGGGUAUCCCAAAGAGAAAGCGAUCAUUACCUCAUUCGCCACUUCGACUGCCCUUAGGAAGUGAAGCCAAUUCUUCACCAUCAGCUUCAGACGCCAAGGAUGAUGAAUUCGAUGUCAGUGUCGAGUCUGAAUCGUCGAAAAAACGCAGAAAGCACAACGAUCAUUCUCUAGAUGAAGAUGAACUAACACAACCACGAUCUACACGACGAAGUGGUAGAACGAGACUUCCUAUCAAGAGCCCUCUGGCUGCACCUAGUUUCAUUCCGGUACGCAGACUUGGCCAAGACGGUGACAACACCGUGACUUUGAAGAGGAGCGAAGAAAAAGAACUAGCAGCGUUGACCAAAGUCAACACUCGGAAGAACAAGGGUACUGCUGUUCACCCAGCACAAGUCCUGGCUAAGAAAGCUGAAGAAAAGGAUGAUCCAGCAGCUCGUCAACGGGCACUGAAGGAAGUUUUUGACGAGAAGAUUCAAAAGAAGAAGGAGACUAAGAAAAGCAAGACUGUAAUUUGGGCAGAGCAGCUCGCCCAAUUCCAGACAGAUGAUAAGAAAGUCACAGCUGAGGAGGAAGCAGACAAGGAACAGCCGGUGGUUGAGGAGAAGAAGACUGCAGUCAAAGUAGGGAUGAGGAGUAAGAUGUCUCUGGGCAUGGCCGUCAAUGGCACACCAGCUCCAAAGAGGAAAGUGAGGGGGCGUCCAUGAUCGAGUAUGCAAUGUGGGUUUUGGUGGCUUGUUUGGGAUGAGGAGUAUAAUUCAUGUGCAUUGUAAUGAUUGAACGUUUCAAAACUCCGUGUGAUCCGCCAGUAC